AUGAUGAGCUGGGCCAAGACAGCCACGCUCCCGGAUGGCUAUGUGUCGAACCGACGGAUCACCAUUCAGCCAGAUUUCGUGCUCGUGAGGAACGAAGUGAAGACCCCAUCCUUCGAUGGCAGGAGCAAGUUGAAUGGCCUUCUGUUUGCCGGUGUUCCUUGCAUGAACUCGCUGGAGUCGAUCCUUCUCUUCUGUGAGCGCCCGGCGGUGCAGGGCGCCCUCCACCGCUUGCAGCGCGCCGGCGCAGACUUCCCAGUGGUACCGCAGCACUUCUGUUCUUCUUCGAAAAGCUUGAUGUACGGCUACACGUUCCCUGCUGUGGUGAAGGUGGGCUCUGCACACGCUGGCUGUGGAAAGAUGAAGAUUCACGAUCACAAACAAAUGUCAGACUUCCGCUCGAUCUUGGAGAUGAUGCCAGAUGAGCACUGCAUGGUGGAGCCCUUCAUCGAGAGCCAAGGGGAUUUGAGGAUCCAAAAGAUCGGCUCCAACUAUCGUGCCUUCAAGCGCAUAGGUAUCUCGGGCGACUGGAAGACCAACACUUGCACCUCCAUCAUGGACGAGAUUGAGUGCACCGAACGGUAUCGCCGCUGGGCCGACGCUGCAGCCACCUUUUUUGGUGGCCUGGAUAUCUUGACGGUGGACGCGAUCAUUGAGGCAGAGACCGGCAAGGAGUUUAUUUUGGAGGUGAACGGGACCUCCUCUGGGUUGCAUCCAGACAAAGCUGAGGAGGACAACGGUUUCAUCAAGCAGUUGCUUUUGGAGAAGAUGAACUUGACCUUGUGCUGA